ACACUUGUCUUGGGGUCCGAGGCACUCGAAUAUUUCCAAUAUGGCGGCAAAUUCUGGUGCAAACAUGCAACAAAAGGAACAGUCAGAUGCUGAUAAACAAACCUUACUUGCAGUUUUACAGUAUUUGAAAAAGCAGAAUUUGAAGGGCACAGAAGAAGCUUUAAGACGUGAAGUGUCGUGUGCAGGUAUUGAAGAGAGCAGUGUUGCUGGAAAAGAUAUCAGUAGUGCAUUGUCAGAAUACAGCAGUGAAGGAGAUCCUACAAAGUAUGAAGUAUAUUAUGCUAGCAUCCAGGAGUACAUUGAAAAGUCACUCGAUGUUUACAAGCCUGAACUUGGCACAAUCUUGUAUCCAUUAUUUGUUCAUAUGUAUCUGGACUUAAUUUACCAAGGUCAUGAGGAGAAAGCUAAAUCGUUUAUAACAAAGUUUCGUGAUAGCCAGGAGGAUUACUACCAGGAAGAUAUUAUGAAACUCUCAUCAGUCACUCACAAAGAGCAUGUUGAAGUAAAUGACUUGAUGCUUACGCUUAGGAGUAAUAAAUUUGUGAUCAAGUUGUCUCGAGAGUCGUAUCAGGCCUUGAAAAAGAAGCUCCAGGAAAGUCAAAAUAAUCUUGUUUUAAAUUUGAUCCAACAACAUCUCCAGUUUGAUGUCUUCGAUGGUCGUCCACGCAGUAAAGAUGCAGUGUCCUCUGCAGCGGGUGCCAUUGUUGGAGAGCCAACAAAUGAAGCAAAUAAAGGGAAAGUGUUACAUGGUAUUGCACAAGAGCCAGACCUUGGUGUGGUCUUGCCAGAAGAUGAUCCCGAGAAUGAAGAUCAAGAGAAAGACAAACCGAAGAAAAAGAAAACAAAGAAAGAGGGAGGUCAAGGAAAAAAGAAGAAAGAGUUUAACCCUGAUGCACCGAAACUUGACAGAAUUCCUUUCCCAGAUUUAAAAGAUCGUGAGAAAGUUCUAAAAGCCACAAUGCUCAAAGAGACUGCGAAGAUGUUGAAUGUUGAUAGUGAAACAUUGCCGUCAGUUUGUUUGUACACCUUUUUGAAUGCCCAUCAAGGGCUGAACACAAUAACAUUUUCCGAUGACUCCAAUCUUAUUUGCGGCGGUUUUGAAAACAGUUCACUUCGCAUUUGGACGCUCACGCCGAGGAAAUUACGUGCUUUGAAACCAGCUGUCGAAUUGGCAAGGAUAGAUAAAGAUGCAGAGGAUGUGUUUGAACGAAUACUGGAUGAUAAAACUGCAGCAGAGUCGAAGACACUCAUAGGUCAUAGCGGACCGAUUUAUGGCGCAAGUUUCAACUAUGAUAAUUCACUACUUCUCACAUCGUCCGAGGAUAAAACCGUCAGAUUAUGGAGUUUAUUCACAUAUACGAAUAUUGUGUGUUAUAAGGGCCAUAACUAUCCUGUGUGGGAUGUUCAGUUUAGUCCUAAAGGACUCUACUUCGCAUCUUGUUCUCACGAUCGAACUGCGAGAUUAUGGACAACAGAGAACCCUCAUCCACUGCGAAUAUUUGCUGGACAUUACUCUGACGUUAAUACAUUACGCUUUCAUCCGAACUGUAAUUACAUCGCUACUGGGUCAUGCGACCGGACAGUGAGAUUGUGGGAUAUUACCUCUGGUCAAUGUGUUCGUGUGCUCACUGGACACAAGGGUGCGAUUCACUCGUUAGAUUUCAGUCCGGAUGGUCGUUAUUUAGCCUCUUCAGGUGUUGAUAAGAAAAUUAUCCUGUGGGAUAUUCCCGAAGCUCGUCCUACUGCAGAAUUUAAUGGUCACACAGACACCGUGCACUCGCUGAGGUUCAGCAGAGAUGGUCAUAUUUUAGCAUCGGGCGGUUCAGACUGCUGUGUGAAGCUAUGGAGUGCUCAGAAUGCUUGCAAUAAAGAUGACGAGGACGAUUUAAUGUUAGGGAUGGAUAACUCGGGCUGUACAGUACAAAUGACGGAAUUAGCUUCGUUUCCAACAAAAGUUACCCCAGUACACUGUCUGCAUUUUACUUGGAGGAAUUUGCUGUUGUCUGCUGGUCCGUUUGAUCGAUAGCGUACAUAAACAUGUGGUUACCGUUAGAGGUACUAUCAACAGGGUGCCAUGAGACUCCAUUUUCAUGGCUGAACUGUUAAUGCGCGUUUUGAUAUCAUAUGGGUAACCGUGCAUCCACGGGAAUAACUGUAUAUUUAAGAGGAUAGCUGUGCGGGACAGUAGAGGAUAACUGUGUAUUAACGAGGAUAGCUGUGUUUUCACGAGGAUAACUGUAUAUCUCUGAGGAUAACUAGGUGAGAAUUACCAGGUUUAUCUGUGAGGAGAUACAGUACUGUAACUGGAUAACCACGAGGAUAAUUAGGUAUCCGCAAGGAUAACUGGCUUAUCCAUGAGGGCAACUGGCUUAUCCAUGAGGGUAACUGGCUUAUCCAUGAGGGUGAUUGGUGGCCAUAUUGACCAGUAACAUGAUACAACGAUGACAGAUGUUAAGCCAUCAAUCAGAGACAUAUCGUAUUCCUAACACUUCCCACACUAUCACAAUUUUCUUGGAAAUGACACCACUUUAACUAUUGAUUACAGUCUUGUCUCCAUGUAAAUGGUUUAUUUUUUCUCAUUUACCUCAAAGUUCAACUUUUCUUCCCUCAUCUGGAAGGUGGAGAGGUGAAGUGUGCGAAUUAUCCUUAUUACCAACGUAAAAACUGUUGAAGAAAAUAACAAUUUCUAUGCACAAAUAAAAACAUGUGUAUAUAAUCUUGCAGUUAAAAUGUACUAUCUAAUCUUUGUGCCUGUAAAUCAGUUGGUAUGUUAUUACACGUCUAGA